UCGCGUCAAAACUUUCUGAAGAAUAAUACAUGAAAAUAUCCAAUUAUACAUAUAUAUCAUACGAGCACUAAUCAAUUGCAAGGCCAUAAAGAGUCGAUUGGUUCCAAAUACCUAUUGUAACCCUCCCAUUCAGCAAAAGUAGAAAGUUUUAUAUCAUCUGUAACCCACACCUAAAUUGCCAAAAUGGCAAAACCUCUGUUGAACUCCUGCUGCCUGUGUCAGUCGACGCGGAAUGGGUCCAUUAUAUCAGGGAUCCUGGCCAUUGUCCUAUCCAUCAUCACCAUUGUGGUGAUCUUCACGACGAGAGUGCAUUUCAAGACGAUCGUAUUCGACUUUAUACCCAAUGACAUUGUCAAGAUAAUACUGGUGAUCAACCUGUGCAUGACCAUAUUGAUAUCCCUACUGAUGAUCGCGGGCGUUCUCAAGCGCAAUCACUACCUGAUGGUGCCCUGGGUGGUGCUGGGCAUCAUGAUUGCCAUUGGACUGCUGAUCUCAGUCAUCUACACCGCCGUCGUCUUCUUCAUUGAUGGCUAUGUACUGACGGGUGUUCUCUGGCUAAUCUUUGGCUUAAUUUGUUGCGCGGUUCUAACAUAUUGCUGGUGCGUCGUAUACAGCGAAUACGCUAAUCUCUCCGAGGAGAACGAACGUGGCCGAUACAACAAGCAGCCCUACCGCCGUUAAGGAUCCAUAAGCUCCCACCUGAAGGUGAUUUGCAGAUCCCCUACUCUCAUCAUCACUUCCAUUCUAGCAAGAAAUACCCAUUCUAUCAUCCUAGUUUAUAAUAAUUAUCCCAACUGCUUAUGUUCGUAUUUAGUGGAUAUAUCUAACUAAUAAUUGUAAUUUAAUUAAGGCGAGCCAGCCUUUCGUUCAGAGAUCGAAUUUAUGUGGCCCGCGGAAGAAAGUGCAAUCGAAUCGAUUUAACAUUUAAAUAAAACUUUAAUCCAGAUAUUUUGUGAA